AUGGCUGCUCUCGCAGCAAACGCCGACGGCUCCUGGGGCAUCGCGCAGCCCUACGAGAGGCUACGCGCGCCGCGCGCCGUUGCUGUACAACGCAUCAACGCCCUUUUACUCGAGGGGUACAAGUUACACGACGAGCCUAUCCAGCUUGGUCCAGCAGCCAUCGAACGCUUACGUGGGCAGUGA